AUGAGCAAUAAGGAACCUAUGGACGAUCUUGCGUCCCUCUUCCUAAAUAAUCCUCUCCAGCCUGUGGGUGAUGAGCCAAAUUCGGAGGACUUCUCCUUUGGGGGACGAUCUGGGGUUCCAACCCCAACGCUGAUGGGAAUGCUGAAUGUUUUAAACGAAUACUCACAAUUACCUGGCUGGCCAUCUGAGCCCGGAUUUCCGUAUGGCCCAAGUGGCUAUGGUAACUUCAAUGGACCACCCAUGGGUCAACCACGACCUUUUGAUCAAGGUUUGGGCCACACGCUGCAUUAUGCCGAGUUUAUCGCACCCGAGGCAAAUCUAUUUCAGCGUCCAAUGUAUCCUGUCUCAGCAUUUUCACCGCCUAUGGCACAGCUUGAUACAGUUUGGCAUCAGACUGACCGUGGUUUCAAGAGAGACGGCAUGAAAGAGAAUUCGAAAGACGAAAAAGAAAGUGCAAAAGACUUUCUCAACGAGGGCACUAAGGAAAGUGUGGUGGAGGGCACGAAGGAGGGGAGCCGCGCCCGGAAGAAGCGCGAUCGUCCUAAAGAAGCCCGUCGGAUAGCUGCUGCCGCUGCUGCUGCAUCAAUUGAUUAUCUGUCCGAAGCAGUGUUACGGCUUCUCGAUUUGAAGCCUGAUUUGGAUAUCAAACAAACAAAUGCUCCAGUGCUAUCAGGAUAUCUUCAAGGUAGGCUCUUUACCAACGAUCAGGACAAUUGGAACUACCUCACUGUUCUGGAAGGCGCCCCGGACACUGGGCGUCAGUACGAGCCCCAGAUGGUGGCGUGUUAUCGGCGCAAUUAUAUCACCAUUCACCUUCGGGUGGCGGCGAAAGUGGGGCGGUAUCGUCUCGAAGUAUCUGCGUGCACUGUAGGAAACGAGCUGCGACCAGUCCAGUUUCUCAUUGCUAGCAGCAAAGGUGACUCAAUGCGCACAGGAGUCGCCGAAGAAAGCAUCAGCGGUAGCCAUGUUUUUUCGAGCGACGGCAAUGAGCGUCUUUUCGUGGUUAAAAAGUUUCAAUUCAAGAGUGCCACGGCCAACAACACGAAUCUCAAUUUUCAAACCUACUACCGUAUGCGCGUGCAAUUGUAUGGAGAAGACCCAACAGGGCCUCCUUUGGCGUCUGUAUCAAGUUGUCCAAUCAUUGUGCGUGGUCGGAAUCCACUGUUCUACGAAGACCGCUGUGACAUUUUAGUGGGAACACGCAUGCUGACAGCAAGGCGACUGCGCGAACUGGAGGAUCCUUUGGAGGAAGUACCUGAGCACAAUCAAGCGAAGAAUCCAGGGGAGGAGUCAGGAGAAAAUGGUAUAAGGAACGUUGCUGAUCCCGUCAAGAAUGAAAAAUUCGAAGAAAAAAUUGGCGAAAAAGACUCAGGAGCCCCUGUUGCUAUUGUUGAUACAAAAAAUUUCAACGAAAAGGAAUUCAGCAACACAAACGGAGGAAUAAUCGACGAAAGUAAUAGUCCCAAAAUCGGCAGCCCAGAGGGCAACCAGAAUUCUGAUAGUAGCCCAGCAAGCGAAAGCGAUUCUGAACCACCACAAUCAGGUACAGUUGGCGAGGCACUUUCAGGAAAACUGGGCCGCUACCACUACUUCCCGAUCCUGAAUGUCUACUACAUGCCUCCAAUAAAUGUGGUAUACUUUCCACAUGGGGCCCACCAGGCGCAAUCAGACCGGACACUCGCGCCGCAACUGGUGGAUCUGGAGCGCCGACUGUCUCGAGUAUAUUUCCGUUGA